AUGGCCAAACAGCUCCUCUUCCUCGCUCUCCUAUAUGCUGUCCGCAUAGAGGCUUCGCCAGUAGGGCUGGCCAUCUCAACUCCACUGCCCCAAGUGACCUCAACCACCUUACCUCCGGCUCCCACCCCUCCCACAAAGCCAGCCUUUGAUACGGCCACUACUGAUCCCACGGGCCUGCCUCCCACACCUACAUCAGACGACUGCAGUACCCGGACCGUCUGCGUCGACGGCAUCAACGAGUGUGGUGAACCAUGGGGAACCUGUAUCCCAGACUGCCAACCUUGGAACAUUUCCACACCUCCCUGCUCAACAUUCACCCCGCCCCCCAUGUGCACCGACAGCGAGCCAGGCCAGGGAAUCUGGCUGUGCAAGGACUUCAUCGACCCCUGCCAUCAGAUGUACGGAGGGUGCUACGACGUGUGCAAGCCUGAGCCCUCUUGGUACACACCACCCUGUGACAAGCCGUGGCCGACGGACGGUAACCUCUUCGCGCCUGAGCCCACGCCGUGGGAGCCUAGUGAGGUCCAGCCUGACCCGGAUACUGGGCUGUGGGAUGGGCCGAGACCGAUGCCGAUGCCGAUGCCUUUGUUGGAAUAG